UUCCUCUCUAGCAUCUUCUCCUCCAUCCUUAAAAGUUUAAUCAAAAGGAAGGAGGAACCAUGGCUAAUAUUAAAGCUGCAUAGAAAGCAUCAUUCAUUUUCCAAAUCCCAUUUUUUUUUUAUAAUAAAUUUCUCAGCAUUUGAUUUCUCAUCAUUGCUACUUGUCAUAAGCAUAUGGAAGAAAGCUGGUAUCCAAGGAUGGCAACAUCAAUGCAAACAUCAACACUGAUCCCAGAUCUCUACAACAGUACAUCCCCAUCAACCUCCAUUAAUCUUAGCUUCAUCUCUCCCAUGCAUUAUCCUUCAUCAUCUUCUCCUCCAUUCACUCUAUCUUUAGAGCAAGAACCACAAGUUCCACUCCAAACUCAUCAAAAACUACAACCCCCCAGUGUUCCUGAUCAAUGGCUUCAUCUCCAUCACAAUGUUUUCCCAAACUCUCCAGUAAACUCUAGUGAUCAGCAGAAAAACAUACCAUUCAGGAGAGUAGUGCAGCAGCAGCAGCAGCAGCAGCAACAACAACAACAGCAACAGCAGCAAGGAAAGCUGUUUAGAGGUGUGAGACAAAGGCACUGGGGGAAGUGGGUGGCUGAAAUAAGAUUACCAAAAAACAGAACAAGAGUUUGGCUUGGCACCUUUGACACAGCAGAAGAUGCUGCCAUGGCUUAUGAUAUUGCUGCAUAUAAACUCAGAGGAGAGUUUGCCAACCUUAACUUCCCACAUCUCAAACAUCAACUCCAUUCAAUCACUCAUGACACAAAUCAGUUACAUUCUUCCACUGCUUCUCUACUUGAAGCCAAGCUCAAGGCUUUUCAAGACUCAUCAAGAAGUGCAGAAACAAAGAGAGUGGCUGAAAAGGAUGAGAAUGUGCACCAAGCUAAGAAGGCCAAGAAAUUGAGUUUAGAUGAUGAACAUAAGAGCAAGAAGAGUAAGGAGGAGAUGUGUUUGAAUUGGGAGGCUGAUGUAGUUUUGCUUAGCAGGAUGCCAUCUUUGGACAUGGACAUGAUCUGGGAUGCUCUCCCACUUGCUGCAGCAGACUCUUCUUGAUUUUUGUUUUCCUUACUUUGUUUUUUAUUGGAUUUCUGCUUUUGUUUAUGUUUUGUUUUGUUUUUUUUUUCUUUCUGAAUUACUGAAUUUGGUUGUGUUAUGGUUUUUGAUACAAUUGCUCUCCAAGAUGGAAUUCUGAUCAUCACACUGUUACAUGUUGGAUUGUUUGGAUGAGUUAGCAAGUUGUUUGUGUUUGUUUAUGAGUUAAUUUGAUUGGCCAAUCUAUUUUAAUUUGUAUGAUGGUCUAGUUCUUGAUAAUUUAUGGCUAGAACAAGAUGAUUAUUUUAGACGUGG